GAAUUAUUUUCUGCAAAGGACUAAACCAUGAGUGUUGAGUACUAUGACUCCUACAACAACUCGUCAAGCAUGUUUUCCGGACGAAAAGUGAAGUGGAAUCAUUUUGGAAAGAAGUACUCGCUACGUCUUAGCGAUUACGAACUCGAAUAUGCGGAUCUUUAUGAUGCAUUCAUGAAGAAAGUGCACGAAAUAAGACCCGACUUUGAAGGUGCCAUCGCUUAUAUCGACCAGUAUGGCAGACAGGUAAUUGUCAACAAUGACAAGGAUUUACGUGAAGCACUCAGUCAGUCCAAAGGAAAACUCAAAUUGCAUACAACGUUGGCCGAUGGCCAAAUAAUGUCGGCAGUACAAGUCGCCGGUCGACAAACGCGAUCACACAGUGUGCCACCGCCAAUGGACCGAGGCUACCACUCCUACCCGCCAAACUCUCGUUCACCAUCAUCAAUGGAUUCAGCGCCACCAACCUACCGUAACCGAACAGCAUCACCGCCACCGGCUCCUUUGACAACUUACAAGAAACCACCAUUAAGCCCUGGAACCUAUAAUGAAAUUCCGAUGAAACCCCCUGGUUAUGGAUACAGCUACUCAACCUAUGCGCCAUACUACUCACAAAAUCUUCUUUAUGGUAUGCCACCACAUAGCGGAAUGCUUUUAAGAUUCCUUGCCAGUCCAUUUCCAUUCGGCUAUCACAAAAGCUUUGUUGGACCAAAUAAAUAUCAUCAUUUUGGUGGUCCAUGGGGUGGCUACAGAUACUACUCUCCAGGAUGGGGA